ACGAAAGAGGAACGCGAAGGGCGCCCGGGAGGCAGUCAAUGGCUGAGAGCUUUGGACCAAGGAGUGAGUCCAUCCAGAUCCAGAGGGGUUGAGGACAGCCCCUGCAGCCCCUCAGCUCUGGGGCCUCCUUCCAGUAAGUCGGACGAGCCUACCAACAACGGGCCUCACCGUCUACCCUGAUUCGCAGGCCUAGGACCAGGGGUCUGCGGCUUCUUAGCGAUCCCGCCCCGCCUCUGGAUGUCUGCAGCUCCCAUCUCGGAGGGCCAGACGCGGUGUUCUGGAACAUGGCACUCCAGCGUGCCGUUCUCCUGGCGGGCCUCCUGGUGGAAGUUGCCAGCAAAUCCUCGGAAAGUGCGGGCCAGCAGCCUGAGUGUUGUGUGGGCGUGCCGGAUGUCAACUCCACCUGUGGGGGCACAAACCUGUGUGGUCCAGGCUGCUACAGGCACCGGAGCGAGGACGGCAGUGUCCGCUGCGUCCGCUGCGGGAACGGUACCUACGGCUCCGAGUGCAGUGGCCGCCCCGUGGCUCCCCCCGCCGGGCCCACCUGGCCUACUUCCCACCGAGGGGCUGCGUCUCCAAGUUCUGGAGGAACAGUCGCUGGCUGGGGUGCCCAGUUCCCGGUGAACCGGAGCAGAGGGACGCCCGGGCAGCCAAAUCUCGUAGGGGCACCAGUGGAGGAAGGCUGGCAAGUCUGGUUCCAGAGCCCGUUUCCAGGGCAGCAAAUUUGGGGCAGGACACGCCAAAUUCACCAGGACUCACGCCCCCUAGACUUCAACAUAGCAGUGGCCGCACCUCAUGCCUGUGUCUCAGGGCCGGAAAGCUGCCUCUCCACAGGGAGCCCUCAGGUGGCUGCCUCCCUCUUCCUGGGGACACUGUUCUUCAGCUCCGGCCUCAUCCUGUCUGUGGCUGGCUUCUUCUACCUGAAGCGCACCAGUAAACUCCCCAGGGUGUUCUACGGAAGAGGCAGAGCCCCUGCCCUGCAGCCUGGCGAAGCUGUAAGUAACCUGGAAGGACGGGCCGAGCGCCCCGUGUCGCGGGCCCUGGGCUGGGGGCCGCCCGCUCUUCUCACUCUGCCUUUUCUCCUUUGCAAGGCCGCCAUGAUCCCCCCGCCGCACCCCUCAGUGCGGAAGCCGCGUUAUGUCAGGCGCGAGCGGCCCUUGGACGGGGACCCAGGCUCCACGGCCGUCUCCUCGGUGGAGGCCCGGGUCAGCAAUGUCUGACCCGGGGACCCACCCACAGCUCCGCACACCGCCUUGGAGAGAAGCCGGCACACGAAGGGCAGGUGCUGCCUGGCGAGGCCUCGGGACAGGUGUGGACACAGCCCCUGACUCAGCGUGGCCGCCUCCUGGCCGCAGAUGUGGCCACAAGUGCUUCCGCCCACCCCCCGGCUGCUCCGUGAAAUGGCCUGGGAGCCUCGUCCUUGAGCCAGGCCGGAGACUGCGGCGGGGCUCGGGGGUCUGGGUCCCUCGGGAGAGACCGCUCCCAGCGGCCAAAGCCUGCGAGGCCUGCUGGGCUGCUCCAUGCCUGGGAAAGCUGGGGGCUCGGCCCCUCGGCCUUCCCAAGCCCACCUUGGGCAGACAUCCCCACACCACCAGGCCGGUGGGCCUCCUGGCGUCCCCUCUGGGUUGGUGUCCAGGCCUGGGGAGGUGUGAUUUGAGCACUGGCCCCUCCAAGGCUGAGGCGCCCACUGGGCUGUCCUAUAGCCAAGCCCCCCCUCCCCCGACCCCUAAGCCCAAGACCACCACACGCUUCUGGGGGCUGCAGAGGCGAGGUUCCUGGUUUCUUACUGGCUUGUGUCAGUUUUGAGCAGAAAAGGCAGAGAGACGGCUUUUCUCCUGUCUGCGGCCCGUGAUCCGCUCUCCAUGCUGGGCCCAGGAACGGGCUCUGGCCUCAGCUGCUGGAGAUCAAGGCCAUGUCCACCCAGGGUGACCUUCACCUGUGACUUCUGCCUGGGUAGCCUGGUCUCAGAGGACCUGUGGAGGGCCAUGCUGGCCAGUGGUCCCGCCCCAACUGCCCCAGGCCUGGAGACGCAUUUCUGGCCCCGGCUGGUUACACAUAGACAGGGUCCCCAAGAGAAGGGAGCGUUUGUGGCCACCUCUCACACUGGGCUCGGCGCUGAUCUUCCCACGUUCCCAUUCGGGACCGACGCCUGGGCCUGCGCGCUCAGCUCCUGUGUCCCUUCCGCACCGUGACGCCUGUCCCACGCGUUUCCUUGAACCACUGGUCCAGCGGCUGAGAGGGCGCACCAGCUUCCAGUCAGUGUCAAUAAACGGAUCAGGGCUUUCUUCCCCCAUU